UGUUCUCAAACGAUGGAUGGAGAGCGGUUGUCCGAGGUAGAGUGAAAUAUAUCUACUGCUGCAAAUAGCUGCACCGAUUCAGCUUUAAACAGUUUUUAUUCAAAAUUAAGAAGUCAAGGAUAAGAAGUCAACACGUUCUGUAAUGAACGUUAUUUAAGCUCACCACCGUUAUUUUCUCAUUUCAUUGCGAACUUCAUUUUCUAGAUUGAACUCUGCCUUCCUCGAAUUGGCUCGGAGGCUGCCUUCUAAGAACAUUUAAACAUAUAAUUCUGGGGAAGCUUUUUUUAAUGUUUUAUAUCAUAGACUAAUGUUUACCUACUGGAAUUAUUUUUUGUUAUAUUUUACCUGCAUUUGCGUUGUGCAUCAGCAUAGAAUGCAUUUGUAACAACGGAUUUUUAACGCUUGUUGGGGCUGUGCUUACAAUGGUAAAAUAAUACGGAAAUAUCCUCUUGAAUUUACAUUUUUGGCCUGACCAAAUACAACUAUUUGUUAGACUAAUCAUAUGACUGAAAAUAAGCAUGGAGGGGUCUCCUUUGAAGAUACUGAUUUCUCUCUGGUGUCCGCUCAUGAUUGCUGCCUACAGUGUGGAGCUAGGAACCUACGACCUAGAACGAGGGAGACCAGCCAAAUGCGAACCCAUAGUAAUUCCCAUGUGCCAGGGCAUUGGCUACAACAUGACCAGAAUGCCCAAUUUUAUGGACCAUGAAAACCAAAAGGAGGCUGCCAUCAAGCUGAAUGAGUUUGCACCUCUAGUGGAUUACGGCUGUGAUGUGCACCUUCGUUUCUUCCUCUGCUCUCUCUACGCCCCAAUGUGCACUGAUAAAGUGUCUACCUCCAUCCCAGCCUGCAGGCCCAUGUGUGAGCAGGCCAGGCAGAAGUGCUCACCCAUUAUGGAGAAGUUCCACUACGCAUGGCCUGACUCGCUGGAUUGCUCCAGGCUCCCGACCAAGAAUGACCCCAACGCGCUGUGCAUGGAGGCUCCAGAGAACGACACCAAGACGGAUAUCAAGAAGGGAGAGGACAUGCCUUUUGUUCCCCCUCGGCCCAGGCAACCGGGUAGCAGUAACGGGCGCUCCAUGGGCAGUCUGGGGUCCUGCGAGAACCCAGAGAAGUUCCAUUACGUGGAGAAGAGCCAGUCGUGUGCUCCUCGCUGCUCCUCUGCAGUGGACGUGUUCUGGUCCAGACGGGACAAGGACUUUGCCUUCAUCUGGAUGACGGUGUGGUCAACACUCUGUUUUGUCUCCACGGCCUUCACCGUUCUCACCUUCCUCCUGGACCCCCACCGCUUCCAGUACCCCGAGCGGCCCAUCAUCUUCCUCUCCAUGUGCUACAACGUCUACUCUGUGGCCUUCAUCAUCCGCUCGGUGGCCGGGGCCGAGAACAUCGCCUGCGACCGGGAGAAUGGCGAGCUCUACAUCAUCCAGGAGGGGCUGGAGUCCACAGGCUGCACCAUCGUCUUCCUCAUCCUCUACUACUUCGGUAUGGCCUCGUCCAUCUGGUGGGUCAUCCUCACCCUCACCUGGUUCCUGGCCGCUGGUAAGAAGUGGGGCCACGAGGCCAUUGAGUCCCACAGCAACUACUUCCACAUGGCCGCCUGGGGCAUCCCAGCUCUGAAGACCAUCGUCAUCCUCACCAUGAGGAAGGUGGCAGGGGAUGAGCUGACGGGUCUGUGCUACGUGGGCAGCAUGGACUCUGGAGCGCUCACCGGCUUUGUGCUCAUCCCUCUGUCCUGCUACCUUGUCAUUGGCACGUCCUUCGUCCUCACCGGCUUUGUGGCGCUCUUCCACAUCCGCAAGGUGAUGAAAACCGAAGGCACCAACACGGAGAAGCUGGAGAAGCUGAUGGUGAAAAUCGGCAUCUACUCCAUCCUGUACACGGUGCCCGCCACCUGCGUCAUCAUCUGCUACUUCUACGAGAGGCUUAACAUGGACUACUGGAAGUUCAUAGGUCUGGAGGUCAAGUGCGUGUCGUUCCCCGGGCGCCGGAACGAAGACUGCUCCCUGGAGUCGUCGGUGCCCACCGUGGUGGUGUUCAUGCUGAAGAUCUUCAUGUCCCUGGUGGUGGGCAUCACCAGUGGUGUGUGGGUGUGGAGCUCCAAGACCCUGCAGACCUGGCAGGGCCUGUGCUGCAGGAAGCUGGCAUCAGACAGGACUAGCAGGAAGCCCUGUGGCAGCGUGAGCUGCAGCACACACUGUCAUUACAAAACCCCUGCCGUGGUGCUCAACAUGGCCAAGACAGACCCUUACUCAGACAGCCCCACACAUGUCUGACGCUGACAGUCAGUAUAUUACCAGUAUGCAGUUCAUUCAAUGCUCUGUCUAAACACAGGAAGCUACUGGGGUGACAUUGUAAUAUAUAGAAUAAGAAUAAGAUUGAGAUUGAGAGGAAGGAGAGAAGUUAUAAUUCAACUGUCCAUUGUUGCUUUUCUGUGCAACUUUCCUUAUUUCAGUAUUGAUGGGAAAUGUUCAGUAUUGCUCUCUAUAAACACACAAGAUGUGUGGACUGUAUUGCAUAGAGAUGCUCGACUGCAAUGCAGAAAAGGCAUUGCAUGGACAUUUUAAAGGAGAGGCAUUGUUCUCCCCUGAACUGGGUAUAUAUAACUACAUUAAUAUGUUUAAAUGUUAAACAGUCUAUUUAUUGUAAAUAUAUUUAAUUGAAGUUUACUUUGGUUUCUCACACGCUUUGAUUGGAGUGAACAUGCAUCCAUGAGGCUAAAAGAGUAAACUACUGAGCAUCAAGGAAAAUGCAGUGCCUCUUAUUGGGUUCUUAAAAAUAAUACAAUUGGGUAUACAUUUUCAAAACUGCCUUUUAAUUGUAUGUUUUUGGUCGUGGUUAAUUUACUAUUAUUAAAUUGAGUGUGAAUCCUAUACAUUU